UAUAUUGUUUCAUAGUUGUCUCUCACGGCAAUAUACACCAAUGAUUGAUCGAUCAUAUUGGGGUAAAAAAAUCGAAGAGACUGGUGUACGCCAGCAUGGAACAUCAAGCCGUAUUUUAGGCAUUGGCAUUUUCAUCACUGGAUUACUGUUUCUAGCUGUUGCUCUCAUCAUGGGAUUUGAGUUCCCCAAACUCAUCUACACUGGAAUUACUGGCCGGCAGUGUUAUUUCUCUGACCAAAGUAUAAACUAUGAACAAUGGAAAAAUGAUGACUUCUACACACACUAUAACAGGAUUUAUUAUUUCGUGAUUGACAAUGUCGACGACUAUUUGUACAGAAAACAGAAGCCCAAGAUACGUGAAGUCGGACCCUAUGUCUAUAAAGAGUCUAGAAAACAUACACAAAUAGAUUUAUUAGGAUCAAAGCUAUCUUAUGAAAUAUUACGACAGCAGACUUUUGAUGAGCAUCAAACGAGGUUAGAAUGUGGUAUAAAUUGCCAUGAAAAUGAUAAGCUGAACAUUUUUAACUUGGAAUACUUAUACAAUGUUUCUUUGUGGGGAGGAGAAAAUAAUUUUAUACUUUCAAACAUCCCUGAUCUCUUACAACAUCAACUUCAUUUAGCUUUCAUAUUAUAUAAUGGUACAGACUUUUAUGGUGACUUAGCGAAAUUCCCAUCAGAAGAUUGGUUGCAGAGUAACCCAAAUGCUUCCCUCAAUUGGUCUAUCACUAAUUGGAUAACUCAACAGACGAUAAUACCUGAGCAGUUAUUAACAAACUUGUCUUUCAACAGAGAUGAGAUACAAGCUCUGUACAAUGUGAUUAUAGAUCCUCAAAAAUUUGGUACAACCUGCUUAAAUGGUCUCAAGAGUUCCACCCAAUGCAUCAAUGCUGAACAGAAGAUGACUGAAAAUGAAUGUGUUUAUAAAGACACUAAUCAACAUUGUAAAAAUGCACAAAAAACAGAAAAGCAGAAUGCUACAUCUGAAUUUGGUUUAAUCCAACAUUUAGAAAAUUGGAAAUUAACCAAUGACACGAUCCAUCAUGAACAUAUCCAACAGUUAUUAUGCUCAACUGUUGCAAACUUCUCUGUCAAUUCCACCACUGACUGUUUUGUCUUUGACAAACACAACAUGACUUUGAAUAUUUUCAUGGAUCUGCUCUUUGAUUAUAUUUUCUCACAUUUGGCCUUGCUCAGUCAUAAUUCUUUGCCACCAGAAUCCAGGAAUCUAAUUUUCACAAGUACUCAACAGGAUAUAGCGAAAGGUUAUUUUACAGGAGAAUACAAACACAAAGGUAUCUUGACUAACAAUUUUGAUGUGAAAGACACAUUCCAGGAAAACCCCAGGUGGAUAUUUUAUACCUGCCUUCAUGAAAACCAUAUUAAAAACAACUUUCUUCUGACUGAAUAUGACAACCAUACCUGCAUCCCAGCAAUUUACUUCCCACGAGUCACAGCAUCAUCAAAGCUAAAAGUGAAUGGUUACGUAUAUUUUACACCACAGGCUCCACUUACGACUGUAUGCCGAACCCCAGUAUUUUACUCAGAUAAAUAUUCAAUGUUUAUGCCUGAGUUCUGGCGAACAUUGACAUUUUCUAAGCAGAAUGAGCUAGAAAUGAACUGUGUCCGAGUGGGCAGAUAUUUACCUGUUAAUGAUGAAUUUAAAGUCGAUGGAUUCUUCAUUGAAGAGGAUGGUAUUCAGAAUGUUACUCAACAAUGUGGUUAUAUGAGUUUCUUAAGUCAUCCCUACUCAACAGCCAGCAAUAUUACACAAGUAGAAAGAAAAACAAAAAGCAACAAAUCCCAUUGUUAUAUAUAUAUUGAACCAGUAACAGGACAGAUUUGGCAUCGAGUAAUCAGUUUCCAGUUUAACAUCAAGAUUUCCAGAAAACUGUUUGAUUCUAAAUGGAAGCAGCCUCUCAAUUUGGCUUCUUUCGAACAUCUCUUACCUGUUUACUGGGUGAAAACAGUCACAACAAUGACACAAAUUCAGCCAUACAAAGAUUUUGUAACAAAUAUGAGGAGAUGGGCCUGUGGAGGUUUGAUCAGCUUUACUCUCCUAGCUUUGUCCAUCAUGAUGUGUGGUAGCUUUAUCAUCUUUAAGCCUUAUGUCUUCAACAGAGUGUAUCCUUUACCAGAAGCAACUACUUGAAAACAGUGUUGGUCUGAAAUCCCCUUUUGGCAUUGAAUCAUGUAACAUAAAUCUGCCUAUUAAAACUGCAUCAUGUUUGUGACAUUUAAGACAAAUGAUCGUAAAGUCUUAGAUUUAAAUACUUCUGUUUUGAUGUCAUAUAAUCCAGUUAUCUUUAUUUUAUAAAUCCUUAAACACUUUAUCCAAAAUCUCAGGUAUUUUGUAGUUAUGUCUCUUUUAAAAUAUAUAUUUACAUACAUAUAUGUCCAUAUGCUGUUGAAUAUGUAUCUCAAGUUAACUGUAAAUUGCCACAUGUAGCUGUUAAAUAUGUCUUUUAGCUAAGAAUCAUUAUAUGCAAAUGAGAACAUUCUGAUAUCCAUUAUGUUUAUCGGAAAAUGCUGUCUCUUUUAUAUUGUUACUUCAGCAAUUAUAUAUUAUUUAUUUUCUUUUCAAUGUUUAGAUAAUAAUUGCAUCAUGAUGAAUCAUGUAGAAAAAUGAAAAUAAAGAAGUUUAAAGCAUUUGGUCUCUCACUCAUUUAUUUCCAGUUCACCACUUUCUUGAAUAUAUUCGUCAAAAGAGAAAAAUAAUAUUAAUUUUUUUUUUACCAAUAAAUGUGCCUAUGGAAUUGUAGAACCCUGAUAUCUCUGAUGGUGCUGUUGCUAUGCUGUGCAUCAAGCAAAAGGUCACCUCACUGCUUUGUAUACAUUUGUAUAUCAUUGGUAUGAACACAUACCAAUUUCUGGGCCCACAGACAUGCUAUCUCUUUAUUAUCUCUUCUGUCACUACUAGUGAUCUCUGUUGCUUGGAACUUGCUGGUCUCAUGCAAUAUCAUCAGGUACACCUGACCACUUGUCCCCUUGUAUGUGCCCCCAAAUCAGUUGUCUCCUAUAAAGUCACACCAUCAUGGCAUGUGUUGACAGAGCUCUUUUCAUCUCACUCCUAACUCUGGCAUAUCCCAUAGGUCAGUUUUGCACUCUCUCUCUCUCUGUCUUCAAUACAUCAAUAAUCUGUCUUCAAUACAUCAAUACAUCUCUGUCUUCAAUAAUCUAGCUGCCAAUCACCUAACAAAGCUCUCUCUUUAUGCAGCCUAGAUAUCAUAUGCCAAGCCUGUAUUAAUUACAUGAAUGGAGACCUUGAGGGAAUCCUCCAAUGGAAGCAUGUCAAUCUUAUCUCUAUCACUGACAAAACUCAAUUUCUAUUCAAAUCAAGAAACAUCACUGCACGUAAAGUUUGAAUGAACAGUUAGAAGAAUAAUAUUAUAGAUUUAGCUUAAUAAAAAAAUACUUUACACUACCAACACACCACCACCACCACCUCGUUCAUCACUAUAGUUUUCAGUUACAAAGCUCAUUUCAGUUCAGUUCAGUUGUUUGUUUAUUUCUACUUUUUCUUGCUGUUGAUGUAUCUCUACUCUGACAAUACAAAUGCUAUCUACCUCUCUCUCCCUCAAUAUAACUGCUUCCUCUGUUCAUCUCUCUUUAAGCUCACCACCAGAACAUCCCCCUCUGCUAAAUAUUGUAUUGUAAACAUAUCUCUUACUCUUUACCUUCCCCUCACCACCCUACAGUAUGUGUUAAUGCUUCUCUCACCGUAUUUUUCUCUCACUCUUUGUCUCACCCUUCAGCUUACCAUGUGACACAUUUGAUCUUAUUAUACAUCUCUCUCUACUUCUUUCUUCUCUACUCACACUUUUACUCCACCCCUCUACCUAAAGUAUAAUGGGCGAACAAACAAGCAGAUUAUUAUAUAGAUGUUGGUGUGUGUGAAUCAUUUGUAUAUUAAUUGAAGGAGUUUCUUUUGGACAUGGUUGAAUAUUUGUUUGAAUGUAGUAGUACCACCAUUCCAUAAACGUGAACAAUACUCCAAUGUAGGUCUUACUAGAGCCUCAUUGUUGCUGCAAAUUGAAUUCAGUUGAAGAUGUUGCAUAUUAGGCUAUUCAGUAAGUUUUAUAUUUAUGUUGAUGAAUUAAUAGUACAGAACAUACAGAAAUAAAGUAGUAGUGUUUUGCUUGUUAUCUUGUAACCAUGCUCUGGAAAAUCUCCGAAAGCCAAUUUUUUAUUUCACAUGCUGAAAGUUGUUAUAAAUUAAUAUAAAAAUAAUACGAAAGUAAUUUUUGUUUUUCUUAGGAAAACAAACCAUUUUAUUUCUUAAUUACACAUAUAUAGUCUGUACAGUCAUACAAAAUCAGUAUUAAGUUGGACACUGCAAUUAGCGAGCUCUACACAAGACAAAUUAGUAUUAUCAUUUCUGUUUACUGUUUAAUUAUUUUUUUUUUUUAUAGUUGGUAAUAAUAAACCAAAGUCAUUUGUCAUUACAUUUCAAAAGAAUGUUCUUUUUGUUUUGAUUUUCUCCUUUUUUAUUUUUUUUUACUUUGCUUUAUUUUCUGACUCGGCACAUAUAUUUAGGAAGCAGCCAGCAUUUUGAAAAUUUUAAUGUCCCAUACCUCAUGACAAACUCUCCAACAGUUAUGUCUGAGCACAAGACAUUUGCUGCUUUGGACAAAUGGAAAUAUUUAGAAAGAAGGAGAGAAGGAGCAGGAGUAAGGAGCAAGAUAAAUAUAGAAACAGAGCAACAAUAGAGAGAAGGAGGGUAAUAUCCAGUAAAACUUGGAAUUGAAUUAAAUGAAAAGGUAAAGGAAAACAUCAUAAAGA